UUUGGCACAGAUAGUUGCUGUAAAACAGCUGAACCUGAAUGGGCUUCAAGGGAAUCAAGAAUUUAUCAUGGAGGUGCUUAUGUUGAGUCUUCUUCGGCAUUCGAAUCUCGUCACAUUGAUUGGUUACUGCACCGAUGGAGAUCAGAGACUCCUUGUCUACGAGUACAUGCCCCGCGGUAGCCUGGAAGAUCAUCUUUUUGAUCUCAAGCGUAAUCAGGAGCCGUUGGAUUGGCCCACGAGACUAAAGAUUGCCAUUGGCGCAGCUCGUGGUCUUGAGUAUCUUCAUUGUGAAGCAAAUCCACCCGUAAUUUACCGUGAUUUAAAGUCUUCAAACAUAUUGCUGGAUAACGACUUCAAUCCUAAGCUUUCGGACUUUGGGCUUGCUAAAUUGGGUCCUGUAGGUGACAACACCCAUGUGUCGACUCGAGUUAUGGGUACCUACGGUUACUGUGCCCCCGAUUAUGCAAUGAGCGGUAAAUUGACUAUAAAGUCCGAUAUAUACAGCUUCGGUGUUGUGUUGCUCGAGCUGAUUACCGGCCGUAAAGCAAUUGACAUGACUAAAAAAUCUGGCGAACAGAAUUUAGUUUCGUGGUCCCGACCGUUCUUGAGAGAUCGGAAGAAGUUUGUCCAGUUAGCCGAUCCUUUACUGCAAAACGGAUUUUCUUCCCGUUGCAUGCACCAUGCAGUUGCCAUAACCGCAAUGUGUCUCCAAGAGCAAGCAAAUUUUCGGCCGUUAAUUGGUGACAUCGUUGUUGCUCUCGAGUACUUAGCCUCUCAAACCGAAAUCUCCGAAAACGUUAAGAAUUCGAGUUUUGGAUCUCAACCGCUCCUCAAAGGAAGACAGUGA